CCCCGCCCCCUGCCCCGCCCCCGGCGCUGGGUACCCAGGUGGGUCAAGCGGAGGCGCGCGACGGUAGCGGCCGAGUUGUUGGCUGCGGAAGGUCUGGCUUCGGGACGUCAGUGCCAAUCCUGUGCUCGUCGGAGAGCAGGUGGUCGCCAUGGCAAUGCGGGAGCUGGUGGAGGGCGAAUGUGGGGGUGCCAACCCCCUCAUGAAGCUGGCCGGCCACUUCACCCAGGACAAGGCCCUUCGGCAGGAGGGACUGCGGCCUGGGCCCUGGCCCCCGGGAGCCCCUGCCUCUGAGACCGUCUCCAAGCCUUUGGGAGCAGCCUCUGAAGAUGAGUUGGUGGCUGAAUUCCUGCAGGAUCCGAAUGCACCACUUGUGUCCCGUGCCCCUCAGACCUUUAAGAUGGAUGAUCUCCUGGCCGAGAUGCAGGAGAUUGAACAGUCCAGCUUCCGCCAGGCUCCCCAGAGAGCCCCUGGUGUGGCAGACUUGGCCUUGUCUGAGAACUGGGCCCAGGAGUUUCUUGCAGCUGGAGAUGCUGUGGAUGUGACUCAGGAUUAUAAUGAGACUGACUGGUCCCAGGAAUUCAUCGCUGAAGUUACAGACCCCUUGUCUGUGUCGCCGGCCCGCUGGGCUGAGGAGUAUCUGGAGCAGUCCGAGGAGAAGCUGUGGCUGGGAGAGCCUGAGGGAGCAGCCACCGCGGAUCACUGGAAUGAUGAAUAUCACCCUGAGGAGGAUCUACAGCACACGGCCAGCGACUUUGUGGCCAAGGUUGAUGACCCCAAAUUGGCUAACUCUGAGUUCCUGAAAUUCGUGCGGCAGAUUGGCGAGGGCCAGGUGUCCCUGGAGUCCGUUGCAGGGUCGGGCCGAGCUCAGGCAGAACAGUGGGCAGCAGAGUUUAUACAGCAGCAGGGUACUUCAGAUGCCUGGGUUGACCAGUUCACAAGGCCGGUAAACAGAUCUGCCCUUGACAUGGAGUUUGAGCGAGCCAAAUCUGCUAUCGAGUCUGAUGUUGAUUUCUGGGACAAGUUGCAGGCUGAGUUGGAGGAGAUGGCAAAGCGAGAUGCUGAGGCUCAUCCGUGGCUCUCUGACUACGAUGACCUCACAUCUGCUUCCUAUGAUAAGGGUUACCAGUUUGAGGAGGACAAUCCCCUGCGUGAUCACACUCAGCCUUUCGAAGAAGGGCUACGGCGACUUCAGGAGGGGGACCUGCCAAAUGCUGUGUUGCUGUUUGAGGCAGCUGUGCAGCAGGAUCCUAAGCACAUGGAAGCUUGGCAGUACCUGGGCACCACCCAGGCGGAGAACGAGCAAGAACUCUUAGCCAUCAGUGCACUGAGGAGGUGUCUGGAGCUGAAGCCAGACAACCGGAUGGCGCUGAUGGCGCUGGCUGUGAGCUUCACGAAUGAGUCCCUGCAGCGACAGGCCUGUGAGACGCUGCGGGACUGGCUGUGCUGCACCCCAGCCUAUGCCCACCUGGUGGUGCCCAGGGAAGAAGGGGCUGGAGGGGCAGGACUGGGCUCUGGCAAGCGGAUCUUGGGGUCUCUGUUGUCUGACUCCCUGUUUCUUGAGGUAAAAGAGCUCUUCCUGGCUGCUGUGCGCCUGGACCCGACAUCCAUCGACGCGGAUGUGCAGUGUGGCUUGGGGGUCCUCUUCAACCUGAGUGGGGAAUAUGACAAGGCCGUGGACUGCUUCACAGCUGCCCUCAGUGUUCGUCCCAAUGACUAUUUGCUGUGGAAUAAGCUCGGGGCCACCCUGGCCAACGGGAGCCAGAGUGAGGAAGCAGUGGCUGCGUACCGCAGGGCCCUUGAGCUACAGCCUGGCUACAUCCGGUCUCGCUAUAACCUGGGCAUCAGCUGCAUCAACCUGGGGGCCCACCGGGAGGCUGUGGAGCACUUUCUGGAGGCCCUGAACAUGCAGAGAAAGAGCCGGGGCCCUCGGGGGGAGGGGGGUGCCAUGUCAGAGAACAUCUGGAGCACCCUGCGUCUGGCGUUGUCCAUGUUGGGCCAGAGCGAUGCCUACAGCGCGGCGGAUGCCCGGGACCUGUCUGCCCUCCUUGCCAUGUUCGGCCUGCCCCAGUGACAGUGGGACGGGCUGCCCUGUGCCCACUGGUAUUUUGAUGACCUGUUCACUUCUCCAGACAGAUGAAGCCACUGCAGGAUUUUCAGGAGAGGCAAAUGUCUAACAGCCGCAAAAUUUUACAUUUGUUUACUACCUACAAAGGAAGUAUGCAGUGCUGUAUAAUUAUGUGGGAGGAUUUUGAUUUUUCUUUUUCUUUUUUUUUUUUUUUUUUGGUGUUUUGAGACAGUCUCACUAUGUAGUUCAGGCUGGUUUUAAACUCACUGUGUAGCCCAGGCAAACCUCAAACUCAGCGAUCCUCUGGGCUCAGCCCCCGAGUGCUGGGAAUACAUGUGUGUAAUCCAUACCUGGCUUUGAUUUUUUUUUGUGUGUGCUUAGAUCUAAAAGUUUUCAUUUAUGUUUGCCUCAUCUUGCCAGGAAUUGUAUCAAGAACCAUAUCGACACAGGCAUCUGGGGGCUGGCAUGGUGACACAUGCCUAUAAUCCCAGCUACUGGGGAGACUGAGGCAGAAGGAUCAAAAAUUGCAAGCCAGACUAGGGGAUUCAUUGGGGUCCUAUCUGAGGGAGAGGGAUUUAUCCUGUGAGGGGAAUUUAUUUUUUUUAAUUUAUUUUUUUGAGACUGGGGGCUCGCUAUGUAGUUCAGGCUGGCCUUGAACUCAUGUAGCACAGGCUGGCCUCGAACUCAUAAUCCUCCUGUCUCAGCUUCCCAAAUGCUGGGAUUACAGGCUUGCACCACUAUGCCUGGCUGGGGGGAAAUUAAAAAAAAAAAUCUAAACAUAUAUUUGGAGAUAGAUAUUUGUGUUAGGAUGGAAAAAAUGUGUAAAAGAACUGCCUCAACAGCUUCAGUAUUUAGCUGUUUAAUUUUACUCGUGUAACAAUUUCUAGUAAUAAUAAAUACAAUAUAAGAAGGCAGGCAAAGGGUAGCACAUUGUUUACAGAUUAUCUCAAGGAAAAACACUGAAAAGAGAAUAAGGAAAUAUCUGUGUGGUGAAAGUGUUAAAAUGAUUAAUGAUUUUCCUUUUGCUUCAUUAUACUUCUUUAUAGUUUCCAAAUUUUAGUAUGAUCUCAGUGUUAUAGUUUUAUAGCAAAGAAGUUUAAAACACUGUGGUAGGGGGCAGGAGGCAGUGGUGGCAUCGGUUGCCACCUGGGUGAUCACAGACAGCUUUGUCCUGGGCUCCACAAUGUGCAAAGCCAUAGGCCUGCAAGUGGCCUGGCCAGGCUGAGGCCUCAGUUUCCCCACUGCAGAUAUACAAAGAAGAAAGGCAGCUGAGGGAAUGGCUGAAGAAUUGAGCCAACUCCUGGUUUAAGCUAAGUCUCCAGGUUCAUCUGCCUCGCCUGCUUUUGGUAACAGGUGAAAGUGUCCAAGAAGAUGCUUUUCCUGCAGGAUCAGCGACAGGGACACCUGAUUGGAUUCUGCCAGCAUUUCCUGAGCCCUCAACACGUACCAAGCCCAGUUCCAGGCACCAGGACACAGUUCACAGGGCGAACAAGGUCCUUGCUGUCAUAGCUCUCAUGCUAAUGGAAGAGAACACA